AUGUCUGACCCGUCGGACCACGUCGUUUCCACGCCAGGAUUCAAGAUGGACCUGCCCAAGUUCACUGGCUCGCCCGGCACCUUUCAUGCGUGGAGCAUUCGCAUGAAGAUGGCGCUCAAGCUCCGCGGCGACGACGUCUGGGCAGCUGUGGAGGCAGGAGCAUCGUCAUCAGGAGGUCCAAGCUCAGCGACACGCUCAAACACGGGUGCUUCACACCACCUCACCUUCGUCAAGGACGCCUUCGUGGAGCUGUCACCGCACCUGCAACAGCACCAUCCACGCCACAUCACUGCGUUUGGCGGCACACGUGUGCCCGUGCGCGGUGUUGGCUCUGUGCUGUUGCAUGCACGCACGACGAGCGGAGCCAGGAUGCAGAUUGUGCUACAGGAGUGCCUCUACGUGCCCGAGGGCCACGCCAACCUCAUCGCCCUCGGUCGUCUGACAAGGGACAGCAGCGGCAGGCCAACGGGCCACUCGCAGCGUGAUGGCGCUGAUGGGCACUACGUGCGCUUCAGCCACGGAGCCGAGGUCAAGCUGAAGGAGCGCAACAGCCUCCGGUGCUGGCCCAUUGUUGCUGUUGGUCCAUCCACGGCACACGGACUCACCGCCGAUGCCUGCAAGCAACCACAGCAACCCGCAGCAGCUCCUGCAGCCCAGAGCAAAGCACACACACCAUCGAUGCAUGAGGUGCUUGGCCACCGCAACGACAACGACGUGCAGCAGUACUGCAAGCUGAUGGGCAUCGACGAUCGCAACGCCAUCAGCAGCAAGCAGUGUACAACGUGCGCAGUGACCAAGAGCACUCGUCACAGCGUCAGCAAGCACGCGGAGCGCACACAGGUGCCCGGCGAGCGCAUCCACGCCGACAUCGUCGACUGGACCGCGGACUCACCCACGGGCAAGCGCUACAGCCUCGUCAUCGUCGAUGAGGGAAGCAAGCUCCUGCAUGCAGUCCAUCUCAACGCCAAGAAGGACGCAGUUGCCGCGUUCCAGUCUUUCCUGCGCGAGACCAAGCUCCCCAUCUCGCCCACAACAACAGCACUCCAGACGGAUUCCGAUGCCAUCUUCCUCGGAGCUGACUUCCAGGCCAUCGUCAAGAAGCACCUGAAGCAGCACCAGCAGUCCCCGCCGUACACCCAGGCGCAGAACGGCAUCGUCGAGCGACAGGUGCGCACCCUCUCCGACAUGGUGCGAGCCAUGAUCACGGGUGCAGGCCUCGACGCAUCGUACUGGAGUCUCGCCUGCAACCACGCCCUGCACAUCCUCAACAACAUGCCUCGCCCUUCCCUCCACGGCAAGACACCGCUGCAGAUUGUCACGGGCUCGCUGCCCAAGCACGUGCCGCAGCUGCACAUCUUCGGGCAGCCGGCCGUCGUCCACAUCAGCAUGUUGAGAGUCAUGUUGUAA